CCGCCGGCCGGCCGGCCCCCGCCUCCGCCUCUCUCCCCUCCCCCCCGCCGGUCGGGAUCAGUCAGCGCGAUCCGAAGCGGGGGAGGGGGGGGCGGCGGCCGAACGAUGUGCGAGAACUGCGCAGACCUGGUGGAGGUGUUAAAUGAAAUAUCAGAUAUAGAAGGUGGUGAUGGACUGCAGCUCAGAAAGGAACAUACUCUCAGAAUAUUUGCUUACAUCAAUUCCUGGACACAGAGGCAAUGUCUAUGCUGCUUCAAGGAAUAUAAGCAUUUGGAGAUUUUUAACCAAGUAGUGUGUGCACUUAUUAACUUAGUGAUUGCCCAAGUUCAAGUGCUCCGGGACCAGCUUUGUAAACAUUGUACUACUAUUAACAUAGAUUCCACGUGGCAAGAUGAGAGUAAUCAAGCAGAAGAACCACUGAAUAUAGAAAGAGAGUGUAAUGAAGGAAGUACAGAAAGGCAAAAAUCAAUAGAAAAAAAAUCGAACUCUACAAGAAUUUGUAGUGUGACUGAGGAGUGUUCUGAUCCUUUUAGUUUAUGGAGUACAGAUGAGAAGGAAAAACUCUUACUAUGUGUGGCAAAAAUUUUUCAAAUUCAAUUUCCCUUAUAUACUGCUUAUAAGCAUAAUACUCAUCCUACUAUAGAGGAUAUAUCAACCCAAGAAAGCAACAUAUUGGGGGCAUUCUGUGAUAUGAAUGAUGUAGAAGUACCAUUGCAUUUGCUUCGUUAUGUAUGUUUGUUUUGUGGGAAAAAUGGCCUUUCUCUCAUGAAGGAUUGCUUUGAAUAUGGAACUCCUGAAACUUUGCCAUUUCUUAUAGCACAUGCAUUUAUUACAGUUGUAUCUAACAUUAGAAUAUGGCUACAUAUUCCCGCUGUCAUGCAGCACAUUAUCCCUUUUAGGACCUAUGUUAUCAGGUAUUUAUGCAAGCUCUCUGAUCAGGAGUUAAGACAGAGUGCGGCUCGCAACAUGGCUGACUUAAUGUGGAGCACAGUGAAAGAACCAUUGGACACAACGUUAUGCUUUGAUAAAGAAAGCCUAGAUCUUGCAUUUAAGUACUUUAUGUCACCUACUUUGACAAUGAGGUUGGCUGGACUAAGUCAGAUAACGAAUCAACUUCACACCUUCAAUGAUGUGUGCAAUAAUGAAUCAUUGGUAUCAGACACAGAAACGUCCAUUGCAAAAGAACUUGCAGACUGGCUUAUAAGCAACAAUGUAGUAGAACAUAUAUUUGGACCAAAUUUACAUAUUGAGAUUAUCAAACAGUGCCAAGUGAUUUUGAAUUUUUUGGCAGCUGAAGGGCGACUGAGUACUCAGCAUAUUGAUUGCAUUUGGGCUGCAGCACAGUUGAAACAUUGUAGUCGGUAUAUACAUGAUUUAUUUCCUUCACUCAUCAAGAAUUUGGAUCCAGUACCACUUAGACAUCUUCUUAAUCUGGUCUCAGCUCUUGAGCCAAGUGUUCAUACUGAGCAGACAUUGUACUUGGCAUCAAUGUUAAUUAAAGCAUUAUGGAAUAAUGCACUAGCAGCUAAGGCUCAGCUAUCUAAACAGAGCUCUUUUGCAUCUUUAUUAAAUACUAAUCUUCCCAUGGGAACUAAGAAAGAGGAAGAAGAGCUGAGAAGAGCAGCUCCAUCACCUUGGUCACCUGCAGCUAGUCCUCAAAGCAGUGAUAACAGUGAUACCCAUCAAAGUGGAGGCAGUGACAUUGAAAUGGACGAGCAACUUAUUAAUAGAACCAAACAUGUGCAACAGCGACUGUCGGACACAGAGGAAUCCAUGCAGGGAAGUUCUGAUGAAACUGCCAACAGUGGUGAAGAUGGAAGCAGUGGUCCUGGUAGCAGUAGUGGGCAUAGUGAUGGAUCUAGCAAUGAGGUGAAUUCUAGCCACGCAAGCCAGUCAGCUGGAAGCCCUGGCAGUGAAGUACAGUCAGAAGACAUUGCAGAUAUUGAAGCCCUUAAAGAAGAAGAUGAAGAUGAUGAUCAUGGUCAUAAUCCUCCUAAAAGCAGUUGUGGUACAGAUCUUCGGAACAGAAAGUUAGAAAGUCAAGCAGGCAUUUGCUUAGGGGAUUCCCAAGGCCCAUCAGAGAGAAGUGGGACAAGCAAUGGAACAGGAAAAGACCUGGUUUUUAACACUGAGUCACUGCCAUCAGUAGAUAAUAGAAUACGAAUGCUUGAUGCAUGUUCACACUCCGAAGACCCAGGACAUGAUAUUUCAGGGGAAAUGAAUGCUGCUCAUAUAGCACAAGCAUCUCAGGAAUCAUGUAUUACACGCACUGGGGACUUCCUUGGGGAGACUAUUGGGAGUGAAUUAUUUAAUUGUCGGCAGUUCAUUGGUCCACAGCAUCACCACCAUCACCAUCACCAUCACCACCACCAUGAUGGGCAUAUGGUUGAUGAUAUGCUAAGUGCAGAUGAUGUCAGCUGCAGCAGCUCCCAGGUCAGUGCAAAAUCGGAAAAAAAUAUGGCUGAUUUUGAUGGUGAAGAAUCUGGGUGUGAAGAGGAGCUAGUUCAGAUUAAUUCACAUGCAGAGCUAACAUCUCAUCUUCAACAACAUCUUCCCAAUUUAGCAUCUAUUUACCAUGAACAUCUUAGUCAAGGUCCUGCAGUUCAUAAACAUCAAUUCAACAGUAAUGCUGUGACAGACAUUAAUUUGGAUAACGUUUGCAAGAAAGGAAACACUUUGUUGUGGGAUAUAGUCCAAGAUGAUGAUGCAGUUAACCUUUCUGAAGGAUUAAUAAAUGAAGCAGAGAAACUUCUCUGUUCCUUAGUAUGUUGGUUUACGGAUAGACAGAUUCGAAUGAGAUUCAUUGAAGGUUGCCUUGAAAAUUUAGGAAACAACAGGUCAGUUGUAAUUUCACUUCGGCUUCUUCCAAAACUGUUUGGUACAUUUCAGCAGUUUGGGAGUAGUUAUGAUACACAUUGGAUUACAAUGUGGGCAGAAAAAGAACUGAAUAUGAUGAAGCUUUUCUUUGAUAAUUUGGUAUACUAUAUUCAGUCUGUAAGAGAAGGAAGGCAAAAACAUGCACUGUAUAGCCACAGUGCUGAAGUUCAAGUCCGACUUCAGUUCUUGACUUGUGUGUUUUCAACCCUGGGAUCACCUGAUCACUUCAGGUUAAGUUUAGAGCAAGUUGACAUUUUAUGGCAUUGUUUAGUAGAAGAUUCUGAGUGUUAUGAUGAUGCACUCCAUUGGUUUUUAAAUCAAGUUCGAAGUAAAGAUCAACAUGCUAUGGGAAUGGAAACCUACAAACAUCUUUUCCUAGAGAAGAUGCCCCAGCUAAAACCUGAAACGAUUAGCAUGACUGGUUUAAACCUGUUUCAGCAUCUAUGUAACUUGGCUCGAUUGGCUACCAGUGCCUAUGAUGGUGGUUCAAACUCUGAGCUUUGUGGUAUGGACCAAUUUUGGGGCAUUGCUUUAAGAGCACAAUCUGGUGAUGUCAGUCGAGCAGCUAUCCAGUAUAUUAACUCCUAUUAUAUUAAUGGUAAAACUGGUUUGGAGAAGGAACAAGAAUUUAUUAGUAAGUGUAUGGAGAGUCUUAUGAUAGCUUCUAGCAGUCUUGAACAAGAAUCACACUCAAGUCUCACUGUUAUAGAAAGAGGACUUCUUAUGCUGAAGACACAUCUGGAAGCAUUUAGGAGAAGGUUUGCAUAUCAUCUCAGACAGUGGCAAAUUGAAGGCACUGGAAUUAGUAGUCAUUUGAAAGCAUUGAGUGACAAACAAUCCCUGCCGUUAAGAGUUGUCUGUCAGCCAGCUGGACUUCCUGAUAAGAUGACUAUUGAAAUGUAUCCUAGUGACCAGGUAGCAGAUCUUAGGGCUGAAGUAACUCAUUGGUAUGAAAAUUUACAGAAAGAACAAAUAAAUCAACAAGCUCAGCUUCAGGAAUUUGGUCAAAGCAGCCGAAAGGGAGAGUUUCCUGGAGGCCUUAUGGGACCCGUCAGGAUGAUUUCAUCUGGACAUGAGUUAACAACAGAUUAUGAUGAAAAAGCACUUCAUGAGCUUGGUUUUAAAGAUAUGCAGAUGGUUUUCGUAUCUUUGGGUGCACCGAGGAGAGAACGGAAAGGGGAAGGUGUUCAGCUGCCAGCAUCUUGCCUACCACCCCCUCAGAAGGACAACAUUCCGAUGCUUUUGCUUUUACAAGAACCGCAUUUAACUACUCUUUUUGAUUUAUUAGAGAUGCUUGCAUCAUUUAAACCACCUUCAGGAAAAGUGGCAGUAGAAGAUCGUGAGAGCUUAAGAUGUGAAGAACUUCAUCUUCAUGCAGAAAACCUCUCUAGGCGUGUAUGGGAACUACUGAUGCUUCUUCCUACAUGUCCUAAUAUGUUAAUGGCAUUCCAGAAUAUCUCAGAUGAACAGAGUAAUGAUGGACUUAAUUGGAAAGAACUUCUCAAAAUUAAGAGUGCUCACAAGCUAUUAUAUGCCCUGGAAAUUAUUGAAGCACUGGGGAAACCUAAUAGAAGAAUAAGGAGAGAGUCAACGGGAAGUUACAGUGAUCUUUAUCCAGAUUCUGAUGAUUCAAGUGAGGAUCAAGUGGAAAAUAGUAAAAAUUCAUGGAGUUGCAAGUUCGUUGCUGCUGGAGGGCUUCAACAGUUAUUAGAAAUUUUUAAUUCUGGAAUUCUGGAGCCUAAAGAGCAGGAAUCCUGGACUGUGUGGCAGCUAGACUGUCUUGCUUGCUUGCUGAAGUUAAUAUGCCAGUUUGCAGUAGAUCCGUCUGAUUUGGACUUAGCUUAUCAUGAUGUCUUUGCCUGGUCUGGUAUAGCAGAAAGCCAUAGGAAAAGAACUUGGCCUGGCAAAUCAAGAAAGGCUGCUGGUGAUCAUGCCAAAGGUCUUCAUAUACCAAGAUUAACAGAGGUAUUUCUUGUUCUUGUGCAAGGAACCAGCUUGAUUCAACGACUUAUGUCUGUUGCUUAUACCUAUGAUAAUCUGGCUCCUAGAGUUUUGAAAGCUCAGUCUGAUCACAGGUCUAGACAUGAAGUUUCACAUUAUUCAAUGUGGCUCUUGGUGAGUUGGGCUCAUUGCUGUUCUUUAGUGAAAUCUAGCCUUGCUGAUAGUGAUCAUUUACAAGAUUGGCUAAAGAAAUUGACCCUCCUUAUUCCUGAGACUGCAGUCCGACAUGAGUCUUGCAAUGGUCUUUAUAAGUUAUCUCUAUCAGGACUGGAUGGAGGUGACUCAAUCAAUCGCUCUUUUCUGCUACUUGCUGCCUCAACAUUGUUGAAAUUUCUUCCUGAUGCUCAAGCUCUCAAACCUAUCAGGAUAGAUGAUUAUGAAGAAGAACCAAUGUUAAAACCUGGAUGCAAAGAGUAUUUUUGGUUGUUGUGCAAAUUAGUUGACAACAUACAUAUAAAGGACGCUAGUCAGACAACACUCCUCGACUUAGAUGCUUUGGCACGGCAUUUGGCUGACUGUAUUCGAAGCAGGGAGAUCCUUGAUCAUCAAGAUGGCAACAUAGAAGAUGAUGGGCUUACAGGACUCCUCAGGCUUGCAACAAGUGUUAUUAAACACAAACCACCCUUUAAAUUUUCAAGGGAAGGACAGGAAUUUUUAAGAGAUAUCUUCAACCUCCUGUUUUUGUUGCCUAGUCUAAAAGAUAGACAACAGCCAAAGUGCAAAUCACAUUCUUCAAGAGCUGCUGCUUAUGAUUUGUUAGUAGAGAUGGUAAAGGGGUCUGUUGAGAACUACAGGCUAAUACACAACUGGGUUAUGGCACAACACAUGCAGUCAGCCCAUGCACCUUAUAAAUGGGAUUACUGGCCUCACGAGGAUGUCCGUGCUGAGUGCAGAUUUGUUGGCCUGACUAACCUUGGAGCGACUUGUUACUUGGCUUCAACUAUUCAGCAACUUUAUAUGAUACCUGAAGCAAGACAGGCUGUCUUCACUGCUAAGUAUUCAGAAGAUAUGAAGCAUAAGACCACUCUUCUGGAGCUUCAAAAAAUGUUUACAUAUUUAAUGGAGAGUGAAUGCAAAGCAUAUAAUCCUAGACCCUUCUGUAAAACAUACACCAUGGAUAAGCAGCCUCUGAAUACUGGGGAGCAGAAAGAUAUGACAGAGUUUUUUACCGAUCUAAUUACCAAAAUUGAAGAAAUGUCUCCAGAACUGAAAAAUACUGUCAAAAGUUUGUUUGGAGGUGUAAUUACAAACAAUGUUGUAUCCUUGGAUUGUGAACACGUUAGUCAGACUGCUGAAGAGUUUUAUACUGUGAGGUGCCAAGUGGCUGAUAUGAAGAACAUUUAUGAGUCUCUUGAUGAAGUUACUAUUAAAGACACUUUAGAAGGUGACAACAUGUAUACUUGUUCUCAUUGUGGGAAGAAAGUACGAGCUGAAAAAAGGGCAUGUUUUAAGAAAUUGCCUCGCAUUCUGAGUUUUAAUACUAUGAGGUAUACAUUCAAUAUGGUAACGAUGAUGAAAGAGAAAGUGAACACACACUUUUCCUUCCCACUACGUUUGGAUAUGACACCCUACACAGAAGAUUUUCUUAUGGGAAAGAGUGAUAGGAAAGAAGGCUUUAAGGAAGUCAGUGAUCAUUCAAAAGACACAGAGAGCUAUGAAUAUGACUUGAUUGGAGUGACUGUUCACACAGGAACAGCAGAUGGUGGGCAUUAUUAUAGCUUCAUUAGAGAUAUAGUCAAUCCACAUGCUUAUAAAAACAAUAAAUGGUAUCUUUUUAAUGAUGCUGAGGUAAAACCUUUUGAUUCUGCUCAACUUGCCUCUGAAUGUUUUGGUGGAGAAAUGACAACCAAGACCUACGAUUCUGUUACAGAUAAGUUUAUGGAUUUCUCUUUUGAAAAGACACAUAGUGCAUAUAUGCUGUUUUAUAAACGCAUGGAACCAGAGGAAGAAAAUGGGAAAGAAUACAAAUUUGAUGUUUCAUCAGAAUUACUAGAGUGGAUUUGGCAUGAUAACAUGCAGUUUCUUCAAGACAAAAAUAUUUUUGAACAUACAUAUUUUGGGUUUAUGUGGCAGUUGUGUAGUUGUAUUCCCAGUACAUUACCAGAUCCUAAAGCUGUGUCUCUAAUGACUGCAAAGUUAAGCACUUCCUUUGUCCUAGAGACAUUUAUUCAUUCAAAAGAAAAGCCCACAAUGCUUCAAUGGAUUGAAUUAUUGACGAAACAAUUUAAUAAUAGUCAAGCAGCUUGUGAGUGGUUUUUGGACCGCAUGGCUGAUGAUGACUGGUGGCCAAUGCAGAUAUUAAUUAAGUGCCCUAAUCAAAUUGUGAGACAGAUGUUUCAGCGUUUGUGCAUCCAUGUGAUUCAGAGACUUAGACCUGUGCAUGCUCAUCUCUAUCUACAGCCAGGAAUGGAAGAUGGGUCGGAUGAUAUGGAUGCCUCGGUUGAAGAUAUUGGUGGUCGUUCAUGUGUUACUCGAUUUGUGAGAACUCUAUUAUUAAUUAUGGAACAUGGUGUAAAACCUCAUAGUAAACAUCUUACAGAAUAUUUUGCCUUCCUUUACGAAUUUGCUAAAAUGGGUGAAGAAGAGAGCCAGUUUUUGCUUUCAUUGCAAGCCAUAUCUACAAUGGUACAUUUUUACAUGGGAACCAAAGGGCCUGAAAAUCCUCAAGUUGAAGUGUUGUCAGAGGAAGAAGGGGAAGAAGAGGAGGAGGAAGAAGAUAUCCUUUCUCUGGCAGAAGAAAAAUACAGGCCAGCUGCCCUUGAAAAAAUGAUAGCUUUAGUUGCUCUUUUGGUUGAACAGUCUCGCUCAGAAAGGCAUUUGACAUUAUCACAGACUGACAUGGCAGCAUUAACAGGAGGAAAGGGAUUUCCCUUCUUGUUUCAACAUAUUCGUGAUGGCAUCAAUAUAAGACAAACUUGUAAUCUGAUUUUCAGCCUGUGUCGAUACAAUAAUCGACUUGCAGAACAUAUUGUAUCUAUGCUUUUCACAUCAAUAGCAAAACUGACUCCUGAGGCAGCUAAUCCUUUCUUUAAAUUAUUGACUAUGCUAAUGGAAUUUGCUGGUGGACCACCAGGAAUGCCUCCCUUUGCAUCUUACAUUCUGCAGAGGAUAUGGGAGGUAAUUGAAUAUAAUCCCUCUCAGUGUCUGGAUUGGUUGGCAGUGCAGACACCCCGAAAUAAACUGGCACACAGCUGGGUCCUACAGAAUAUGGAAAACUGGGUCGAGAGGUUUCUUUUGGCUCACAAUUACCCUAGAGUCAGGACUUCUGCAGCUUAUCUUCUGGUGUCCCUUAUACCAAGCAAUUCAUUCCGCCAGAUGUUCCGGUCAACAAGGUCUUUGCACAUCCCAACCCGUGACCUUCCACUCAGUCCAGACACAACAGUAGUCCUACAUCAGGUCUACAACGUGCUCCUUGGUUUGCUGUCAAGAGCCAAACUUUAUGUUGAUGCUGCUGUUCAUGGCACUACAAAGCUAGUGCCCUAUUUUAGCUUUAUGACUUACUGUUUAAUUUCCAAAACUGAGAAGCUGAUGUUUUCCACAUAUUUCAUGGAUUUGUGGAACCUUUUCCAGCCUAAACUUUCUGAGCCAGCAAUAGCUACAAAUCACAAUAAACAGGCUUUGCUUUCAUUUUGGUACAAUGUGUGUGCUGACUGUCCAGAGAAUAUCCGCCUUAUUGUUCAGAACCCAGUGGUAACCAAGAACAUUGCCUUCAAUUACAUCCUUGCUGACCAUGAUGAUCAGGAUGUGGUGCUCUUUAACCGUGGGAUGCUGCCUGCCUACUAUGGCAUUCUGAGGCUCUGCUGUGAGCAGUCUCCUACAUUUACACGACAACUGGCUUCUCACCAGAACAUCCAGUGGGCCUUUAAGAAUCUCACACCCCAUGCCAGCCAAUACCCUGGAGCAGUGGAAGAACUAUUUAACCUGAUGCAGCUGUUUAUAGCUCAGAGGCCAGAUAUGAGAGAUGAAGAAUUAGAAGAUAUUAAACAGUUUAAGAAAACAACCAUAAGUUGUUACUUGCGUUGCUUAGAUGGCCGCUCCUGCUGGACUACUUUAAUAAGAUUUGAAAAGGACAAUGUGCCGAUUGGUAAAAUGAUAAUACUUCCAUCAUCUUCUGAGGGUAGUCCCAGAAAUAUGCAGCAGCGAUAUCAGGACGCUAUGGCAAUUAUAACGAGUGCCUUCAGAAUAUUAUUAGAAUCUGAUGAAGACAGGCUUCUUGUUGUAUUUAAUCGAGGGUUGAUCCUGAUGACUGAGUCAUUCAACACACUGCACAUGAUGUAUCAUGAAGCCACCGCUUGCCAUGUGACUGGAGACUUAGUAGAACUUCUGUCAAUAUUCCUUUCGGUAUUGAAGUCUACACGUCCAUAUCUUCAGAGAAAAGAUGUGAAACAAGCAUUAAUCCAGUGGCAAGAACGAAUUGAAUUUGCCCAUAAACUGUUAACUCUUCUUAAUUCCUAUAGCCCUCCAGAACUUAGAAAUGCCUGUAUCGAUGUCCUCAAGGAACUUGUGCUUUUGAGUCCCCAUGACUUUCUUCAUACUCUGGUUCCAUUUCUACAACACAACCAUUGUACUUACCAUCACAGUAACAUACCAAUGUCUCUUGGACCUUAUUUCCCUUGUCGAGAAAAUAUCAAGCUAAUAGGAGGGAAAAGCAAUAUUCGGCCUCCGCGCCCUGAACUCAAUAUGUGCCUCUUGCCCACAAUGGUGGAAACCAGUAAGGGCAAAGAUGACGUUUAUGAUCGUAUGCUGCUAGACUACUUCUUUUCUUAUCAUCAAUUCAUCCAUCUAUUAUGCCGAGUUGCAAUCAACUGUGAAAAAUUUACUGAAACAUUAGUUAAGCUGAGUAUCCUAGUUGCCUAUGAAGGUUUGCCACUUCAUCUUGCACUGUUUCCCAAACUUUGGACUGAGCUAUGCCAGACUCAGUCUGCCCUGUCAAAAAAUUGCAUCAAGCUUUUGUGUGAAGAUCCCGUUUUUGCAGAAUAUAUAAAAUGUAUCCUAAUGGAUGAAAGAACUUUCCUAAACAACAACAUUGUCUACACAUUCAUGACUCAUUUUCUUCUAAAGGUUCAAGGUCAAGUGUUUUCUGAAGCAAACUGUGCCAAUUUGAUCAGCACCCUUAUUACAAACUUGAUAAAUCAGUAUCAGAACCUGCAAUCUGAUUUCACCAACCGAAUUGAAAUGUCCAAAGCAAGUGCUGCAUUAAAUGGGGACCUACGGGCACUUGCUUUGCUUCUGUCGGUACACACUCCCAAACAGUUAAACCCAGCUCUAAUUCCAACUCUGCAAGAGCUUUUAAGCAAAUGCAGGACUUGUCUGCAGCAGAGAAACUCACUCCAAGAGCAAGAAGCCAAAGAAAGAAAAACUAAAGAUGAUGAAGGGGCGACGCCUGUUAAAAGAAGGCGUGUCAGCAGUGAUGAGGAGCACACUGCAGACAGCAUCAGCGACAUAAAAACAGACACCAGGGAGGUCCUGACCCCAACCAGCACUUCAGACAAUGAGACGAGAGACUCCUCAAUUAUUGAUCCAGGAACUGAGCAAGAUCUUCCUUCCCCUGAAAAUAGUUCUGUUAAAGAAUACCGAAUGGAAGUUCCCUCUUCAUUUUCAGAAGACAUGUCAAAUAUCAGGUCACAGCACACAGAAGAACAGUCCAACAGUGGUAGGUUUGAAGAGUGUAAAGAGUUGAAAGACCUCCACUGUCCCAAGGAUUCCAACUUAGCUGAGGACGAAUCAGAGUUCCCUUCUACUUCUAUCUCUGCCGUUCUGUCUGACUUAGCCGACUUGAGAAGCUGUGAUGGUCAACCUCUGCCCUCCCAGGACCCUGAGGCUGCUCUGUCACUCAGUUGUGGCCAUUCCAGAGGACUCUUGAGUCACAUGCAGCAACACGACAUUUUAGAUACCCUGUGCAGAACCAUUGAGUCAACAAUUCACGUGGUCAUAAGGAUAUCUGGCAAAGGAAACCAAGCUGCUUCUUGACAUUGGAUGUAGCAUGUCUACUUUUAAGGUCCCCUGCUCCCCAAUGCUGUUUGUAUAAGUUUUGCUUAUUUCUGUUUUUGUGCUUCAGUUUGUCCAGUGCUCUCUGCUUGAAUGGCAAGAUAGAUUUAUAGGCUUAAUUCUUGGUCAGGCAGAACUCCAGAUGAAAAAAAAUUUGCAUCUUCAGUAUACUUUCUAAAGGGCAAUCAGAUAAUGGAUAUGUUUUAUGUAAUUAAGAGUUCACUGUAGUGGCUUUCAUUUAAUAUGGCUGUCUGGGAGGAACAGGGUUCCCUGGCCCUGUACAAUGUAAUUUAAACUUACAGCAUUUUUACUGUGUAUAAUAUGGUGUCUUCUGUGCCAGUUUUGUACCUUAUAAUAGAGGCAGAUUGCCUCCGAUCGCUGUGGUUCUUAUUAUCAAAAUUAAGUUUACUUGUAUACGGAACAACCACAAGAAAUUUGAUUCUGUAAAGAAUCCUCUUUAGCUGUGGCCUGGCAGUAUAUAAAUGGUGCUUUAUUUAACAGAAUACCUGUGGAGGAAAUAAAGCACACUUGAUGUAAAAAUAAUUGUUUUAUUUUUAUUGACAUGACUGAUUGCUAUUCUGUGCACUUAAUUAAACUGAUUGUGAUUACUUUUAA